AUGGCAGAAAAGGGGGAUUUAUCACCAAACCUUCUGACAGAGGAGAUGAAACACAGCAAUGGCGACUUCGUACCCCCAGACGGUUUAUGCUGGGUGUCAGUGCUGUCCUGUCUGCUGCUGGCGUGUUCUUAUGUUGGGAGUUUAUACGUGUGGAGGAGUGACCUGCCGAGGGAUCACCCCGCUGUGAUAAAGAGACGCUUCACCAGUGUACUCAUCGUGUCGGGCCUGUCUCCUCUCUUUGUGUGGGCAUGGAGAGAAUUCACAGGUGUCAGGACUGGCCCAGCGUUACUCGCUCUCAUGGGGAUCCGCUUUGAAGGCCUCAUUCCUGCUAUCAUACUUCCUCUGAUGCUUACUAUGGUCCUGUUUCUGGGCCCUCUCAUGCAGUUGGCUAUGGACUGUCCCUGGAGCUUCAUGGAUGGGAUCCGGGUGGCCUUGGACCCGUGGUUCUGGAUGUUGUGUUUGAGCGACAUGCGCUGGUUGCGGAAUCAGGUGGUGGCACCGCUAACGGAGGAGCUGGUGUUCAGGGCCUGCAUGCUGCCCAUGUUGGUGCCCUGUGCUGCGCCUUUCACUGCCAUCUUCACCUGCCCCCUCUUCUUUGGAGUCGCUCACUUCCACCACGUGAUUGAGCUGCUGAGGUUCAGACAGGGGACGCUGUCGGGGAUCUUCCUCUCUGCAGUGUUCCAGUUCUCCUACACAGCAGUGUUUGGGGCCUACACUGCCUUCAUCUUCAUCAGAACAGGUCACCUCAUCGGUCCGGUGCUCUGCCACUCCUUCUGUAACUACAUGGGUUUUCCCGCCAUCAGCACGGCGAUGGAGCACCCCCACCGCUUCACCGUCCUCUCCUCCUACCUGAUGGGGGUCCUGCUCUUCUUCCUCUUCCUAUUCCCCUUUACCGACCCCUCGUACUACGGCAUGCCCACACCAGUGUGCACCCUCACCUCCUCCCCCAGCUCCCUCUGCCUCUCCUGAUCCCUUAUUUAUUUUUAAUUUUUUUACAGUUCAGGUACAGGUUACACUUCUGACAGCGCUAAGAGCCAUGUGGAGUAAGUUGCCACUGAGAGGUGGGGACAUCUGUAGCCUAAGGACCCUUGAUAUGUCCACACAUUUACAUGAACACAUUUCAGUUAAUCAGCUGAAGCUCUUCCACAGAGUCCAGUUUUGAGUAGGUGGCGGUUCCUGUUGCUGGCAAUGAGCCCAAGAGUGUCGGGUUCAAGGACAUCCUCUGUAAUCUUUGGCCUGCGCUGCCGCCCUGAUACUAGUUUUAGUGUAGUUCUAACACUGAAGGACACAGAUCCUCUCUGAUGGAUCUCAUCUACUUGCCAUGAAGCCUCAUGACUUACCUUUUUGGUGUACUUGUUUUCUACUCAUCUUUUUAAAGGAUAAUUCUGGUUUAUUACAAUUUAGGUCUUAUUCUUGUUGUUAUUGCAGAGAUUUGGAGACAAAGUGACGUCACAAAAUUAGUCCUAUCGGAUAGGUGUAAACAAAGGAUACCGUGCCGUCCUUUUAGCAUGGACGCUGCGGAAAAGAAGCAGUUAUAUCUCGGAUCUGCACUUUGUUUCGAUGACCUUUUUACGUUUGCUUCCGCUGUGUGGUGCGUCAAAAUGUAUGUUCAUGUUAAAACAUUUUUUUUUAAAUUGGCCAACAUCGAAACCUUUUUAAAUGGUAAAAUGUUGACCAAAUAAAUAAUUGGGCGGGCUCGCGUUCAGUUUGACAAUCUGGAUUAACGUUGGUUUGUCGGAUCACCUGCCUGCUUGUGUUUUUGAUGGCAAAAACUAUAAAAAUAAGACCCGAGUUAAAACGUUCUGCUACGGUCUCGGCAAAGUAAAGGGUUUUGGUUUGUGUUGGGGUCAUUUAGUUGCUUAAAGCUUUGGGUGUAGGUUCGGAUUUGAAAUUGGUCAGUACUACUCGGGUUCGGUUGAAGCCCCAUACAGAACUAUCAUCAAGGUUUAAUAAACCAGAAUGAUCCUCUAAGUGAUCCUCCCGAGUGACGCACGGAAACAUGUCUUCAUGGCUGCACUGCAUUCUGGUCUAUAGAGGCUCAUGGAGAUGUUGGCAUCAUCUGCCUCUCCUUGUUGGAACUUCUCUCUUUUUAAUGAUUGUUCACUGGCAAAUAUGCCGGCUGUAGCUGCACUGGAGUACAGGAGUGUUGGGUGUGAUGGUCACCGAUGGUUGUUUUUAAUGUUACGAGCUUGUUUUUAACAUUUCAGGUUUCUUCUUUUUGUUCAGACAAAUCAGACACCAGGACUCUGCUGUUUGUACACAGUGUUUUUGUACAUUAAUAGUUAUUUAUAUACCAUGUUUCAGUUGUUGUUCUGAUGGUGAAGGUGGGGGGGUGAUGGGAUAGCUUAGGGAGGUUCGUAAUGGCAGAAACGUACUCUAUGUAAGUGCACAAAUGACAAACUGGUCGUACAUGCUUGUCCCCGGGGAGGGAAACUGGGCUGCCAUGACAGCUUUUUUGGCUAGUUUUAAGACAUAACGAAACAAUCAAAUGAACAACUAAAAACAAGGGAACACAAAGAGGUAAUUCCAUGACUUUAUGAACAAAUGAAUUUCCCUGAAAUUUGAGACCCAGCAGCUUUUUCGUGUACCGUAUGUAUGUACUGUAGUCUCAUCCUAGUCCUAUUCUAGUCGUGCACACUACUUUCUUUAAAAAAACAAAACAAAAAAAUUUGCUGAUAUGUGGAAUGAAAUUGCGCAUUCAGACCCCCGCAUCCAAAUCCAUAUUACAUAGUAUAAUCCAAAACUAUAGGAUUUUAUGGGACAUGUAUAUCAUCCAACACUGCAACUCCUGAAUGAUGAGUUUGUGUAGCCUGAAAUGUCUGCGCUCGUGUCCUUACAGAGUACGUUUUCAGCCUUGUUUUCAUAUGCUAAUUUCUAAUUAUUUUUUCCAUUCCAAGCAUCUCGCACGUAGGCUCUUACAAUCAUUGUACCAUUAUUAGAAUUUGGCUCUAUGAUUUUCUAAGGCCGUCUCUUCCCCAGUAUAUGUGCAGAUGUGAAAGGGGUACCUACUCAGUUUUUAUAUUGCCUUUAAUCGAAGUAAGACUCGCGAUUCUCGGGUGUCCUUUAAUUGAGGCAGGAAUGCGCCCACCACUACGCUGCAUGCUGCUACAUGUAUACUGACGAUACAGAGCCAGAAGAAAAGGUCACUGUGUUCACACCUGUACUAUAGAGAACAUUGAAACUGGCCAGCGGCGCCUCAACUACUUAAAGGGUAAACUUUUAUUUAUUUAUAUCCCAAGUUUUGGCAUUUCUAAUAACAUUUUACUCACACAGGUGGCUUUAAAGUUCGAUGGAGCGGCAACUCAAGCACUUGCAGAUUAUAUGUAAAGCAACUGUUUAUUCUUUUCCCCCAUUUUGCCUUUAAAAGGUAACCCUGGGGAGUUUCUGCGUCAAAGAUGCACACUGUGUGUUGGUGAGAAAGCCCAAAUUUUAAAUAGAACUUUUGAUUGUCCAAAGAAACUCCACAGGGCAUCUUUUUAACAUAAAGAACAGCAAUUUCAUUGUUUACCGAUACUCUGCUUCACCAGACCUUAGCAAUAGUGUUCCAGCUAGAAAUAAUGGCCAAAACUUAAGAAAAAUGUUUUUCCACUCGAUUUAAUAUUGUUUAUGACCAUUUCAUUCUAGACAUUUAUAGUAGUGUGCACUAGACCUCUGCACAAUUUCGUAAUAUUCUCCUGAGUGGAUAUCAAUGUGCAUCACUGGCUUUAUUUUCUUUUUCUUCUUUUAAAAAUGUCAUUUAAUUGAGGCUUUUUUUUUUUCUUUUUCUUUUUUAGUGAUUGGCACAACCAACCUGUGUCCCCAUUCCCCCCUCCCCACACACACACACAACACACUUGAAGUUAUUUGUAGCUCACAGUUGGUGAUGUUUGAGGUGCUUCUGAGAGUGGCAGAAAAUGGCAAACACACUCUAUUAGCUAUACUUGUACUGUGAAGAGGAAGUGGGCUGCUUGGGUCCUAAGCAAUAAAUCCGAUACGUGGGAAAGUUUUUGGACCCGUUUUAUGUGACUGAGCAAAUAAUAACAGGUUUUCUAAGAUGGAACAUGUGCCGUGUAUGUAUAUUAAUAACUCUUGGCAGUUUACAAAACCCUUGGCCGGUAGUGAACUUGGACAAGUGGAACUUUAGUGACGAGAGUUGCACUUUACCUACCUGAAGCCGACAGCAGGGGGCAUCAGAGCACUUUUGUCAGAGGCAGAGCUGCUGCGGGGGAACUCUCCAUUCUGCUUAUCAGCCUGCAUGACAUCAGUCACUGGGAAAACCAAUUCACUCUAACUUAUUUUUUUACUUUAGCUUCUACGCGAUUACGCCCUGAUAAAUGAGAUCGAUGCAGAGACGAGGGACCCUGUGGGGAGACUCACUGAUGCUGGAUCUCUGUUAAAAAAAGGUUUUAGUUUGUUCCUGCCUCCCACAUAGUGUUUCAUUGCUCUACUAAUAGAUUGUGUAUUCUUAUACCACAGCCAUGCUUUACAAAUAAGCUUUAAAGAAUAGUCUGAAAACACUUUGCCCCAAGAGUCACUUAUUAAUAGAGCAUCUUUUUGUGACCCCAGUGAGGGUCAAUGAGUCGCAUAUAUGGGUGUAGUUUAUGUUUAAAAUGUAGGGUUGGGGUUAAGGUUAAAAUAAAAUUUCACUAUAUAGAAAUCAUGAUAUGCCUCAAACUUAUACAAAGCCACUUUGUGUAGAUUUAAGAAUACACGUAAUCAGCGCAUCUUUCUUUGAAGAAAGAAUGAGCCAAUCUGAAAUUGAAAAUUGGUUUCAGAAUCGUUCUUCGUGUCCUGGGAAUGGAUAUUUCUGUCAUUUUUCUUUGAGUGUAGCGACACAUGGUUGUUUUUUUGCUGCCACUGGUAGGUGCCAAAUUCGAAUAUUUUCAAAUACUACCACAGAGUGGCUUUAAUUUUUUUUUUUAAAGAAGAAAAAGAACUACAUAAAUCAAAUGAUCAUAGAUCAAUUUGAGAAAUCUCCCACAACCUCAUCUGCCUCUUAAGAAACCCCAUGCAGAACUUAAGGCUGGCAAGUGGACUUAUUAUUACUCUUUGCAGCACAUCUUUCUAAAGUGGAAACAAUCAUUUUAUGCAGAAUUAAAAGAUGCGUUUCCUCCAAUCCUGCUAAGAAAAAACGGACAAAUUGAAGAUCAGUUUUAUAGAUUUAAUCACAUGUUGUCGAGCUUCAUAUUAGUUAUUUCAAUUUCCGUUCUUUCUGUGUUUCUAUAAAAAAAUGAAAAAUACAGGUUGAAGUUGCCCCUUUUUUUUGUUUUUUAUAACUCUAUGUGUGCGCAUUGUUUGACCAUGCCCAGCCCAGAAACUCCUGAUAUUAUUUGCAAACAGGCCAUCCCUCAGAAUACUUUUUGUUUGAUCUUUAGCUUCUCAGUUUCCUGUCACCGGCUUAACCUCAGACACAAAUCAGGAGGAAACACUAGUUUUGCCUUUUUACUGCUGUAAUAAGAGACGAAGAGAAAAGAAACACUUCAUAUUCUUCUCCCAAACUGUGUCCUCAGCCAACAACAACACGUCAGUAUUUGCUGUUUAAGAUGGUGAACCUGUAUUAAUAUGCAGAGAGCAGCCUCGACAGAGACUGCAGAGUCUAUUUUUGCUGAGGUUUAGCAGCUCUGUUAUUUUAAUACACACACCCAGAGGAAGAAUAUUUCAAAUGUGCAUUUUCAGAACUUGUGGAAAAUGAAUAGUGAGUCCGCUGGUGAAACAGAACUCCACAGAUGUUUAUAUUGAGCACUAUCUUUUGUAACAAGAUCUAUUUUGGUGACAGGAACAGAGUGUACAGAUAUGUGCAUGUAUUUUAUGCUCACCGAGUCACACUUGUUGUACGAUUUCAAGUCAGACACGACAGAACCGUGUUUUAGUAUGACAAUCUUUUACAGAAACUUUGGAAUUACUGCAAAAAUAUCUAUUUGUAAAUAAAUGAUGUUCUUUUAUACAUUG